AUGUUCAUCAUUAAAUGCUUCCCGUAUCCUGCCGUUAAGCUCAGUGUGUCCAUCACUCACUCGGACGCAUUCGCCGUCGCGCAAGUUGUUGGGAGCCAAGAGUAG